AUGGACUGCGACGCUUUCCGAACGGUUCUACCGGCUGAAUUUCACCGGCGCUUCUUGAUAAACAAGGUCCGAGCUGAUGGCCGUUCCUUUCUCACCUACAGACAGCCACUCAUUUCGUCAAAUACACUCACUAACUGCUGCGGUUCCGCCUCGGUCAGGGCAGGUAACAACUACUACCUGGCAGGAGUUAAGUGUGAGGUUGGCCCUCCAGUGGCCAAAGGAUGCACCGUUGGCAACAUCCAACCUCAGAAAUCAGCGUGCGCCGAGCUCUUAGAGAGCCAACGCCAGCUUCAGGCUGAAGCUUCAAGCUCUUUGGCGGCAGGUCGAAUUGUCGCGUCGGUCGAGUUCCCGAGUAUCUGCGGAGCAGACUUCUCUGAUGGGGGUGGGCCUAAUGCCAACGCGCCCUUACUUAUUUCGGGUGUAGUAACAGAUCUCCUGAACUCCAAUUCGGUUAUCGACACCUGUCAGUUAUGCCUGAGAACUGAAGGUGCGGAACGGGGUGAGAUCGAUGAAAACGAUCUGCGGGACGACGAGAACAGCCCACACCCUUCCUCGGAAUUUGGACGCACAGAAGCAAACUUGGAACAAACAUUUGCGUGGCAUCUCCAUGUGCACGUCGUCUGUCUUGAGUACGAUGGUAACCCGUUAGACUUCGCUUUGCUGGCAGCUGUGGCGGCUCUUGAGAACACAGUGCUACCAGCUAUAUCCUGGGACGCGAAAGCAAAGUGGUGGAGGCAGCUUCUGCCUGCGGAAAAUAGACCCGAUUUCCCCGGCGCCGCGAGUGCGGAGGGCCUCUCCGUGUUCAACGAGGAGAAGGUUGUUGUGUCGAACAGGCCGUUGAGUGUCACUUUCUCGCACGUGAUGAACCAGUGGUGGGUGGUUGACCCGAGUCGAGAGGAAGAAAAGCUCGGAUGCGGCCUGUCGGUGGUCUUUUUGAAAAAUAGAUGGCAUGUUCUACGCCUGGGGGGACCGCCUGUGACAGCGAGUGUCGUCAAAUUGCUCCAGAUGCAAGCGGAAGCAAUAGCAGCCGGUGCUGAUGCGGCACUUACUGAAGCAGCGCAUGGUACCCACCACUGCGCGGAUGGUGCUGCGCCACAGGCAGUGUGA